AUGCCCUUCCUCAAACGCGAACACCGCACUCGAAUCUACUACGAAGUCCACGGCUCAGGCACCCCAUUGCUCCUCACCCAUGGCUACUCUUCCACCUCUGCCAUGUGGCAAGGCCAGGUUGAUGCGUUCACCAAGGCAGGCUUCAAGCUCAUCAUCUGGGACAUGCGCGGUCAUGGCCGAAGCGCCUACCCCGAUGAUCAGAGCGUCUACAGCGAAGCACAUACUGUAGCAGACAUGGCUGCAUUGCUCGAUCAUAUAUGCGGCGAGGGCAGCUCCGCCAUCGUCGGAGGCCUGAGCCUAGGAGGUUACAUGAGCCAGGCGUUCUAUCGUGUCCAUGAAGCAAGAGUGCAGGCGUUAUUAAUCAUAGACACCGGCCCCGGCUUCAAAAGCUCCAAAGCCCGCGAAGGCUGGAACAAGUACGCCAACGAAACAGCCGACCAAUUCGACCGCGAAGGCCUCAAACAGUUGCAGAACUCCACGCCAGAGCGUGCGCAGGUCAAACACCGCAAUGCGGAAGGCCUCGCGAUGGCGGCGAGAGGCAUGUUGGCGCAGCGGGACGACUCUGUGAUCAACGCUCUGCCAGCGAUCAAAGUCCCGUCGCUCGUUGUGGUAGGUGCGGAUGACAAGGGUUUCCUGAAUGCGGCGGAGUAUAUGGCGAAGAAGAUCCCGGACUGUAAGAAAGUGGUGAUUCCUGGUGCGGGGCACGCGGUGAAUAUGGAUCAGCCGGAGGCGUUUAAUGCGGCAGUGUUGGAAUUUUUGGAGGCUGUGAAGGGUCGAGGUGGCUCCAGUAGGCCGGCGAAACUUUAA